GAGAGAAGAGGGAGGACGACGACGAUUCAUACCGCGCCAUAACACACGACGAAAGCGACUUUCGGUUUUUUGUACCCGAAGCGCAACAGAAGAUCUUUAGAGACGUGAAUUUACUCUGUGGAUUUUUCUUCUAUUUUAUUUCCCUAACAAUGCUCACAGUCGGAGCUGAAAAGUUUCAUUCGGGUAGCUGUCUUAUGUUAGUUAUGUUAUGUUAGUCCGAACAAUAUUUCUCCGCAGCCAGUGAACUUUGGAAAAUCAAGAAACAGCAAUCAAAAUGAGAGCUCAAAUUGAGGUUAUACCAUGCAAGAUCUGUGGGGACAAAUCCUCUGGGAUUCACUAUGGCGUUAUUACAUGUGAAGGGUGCAAGGGUUUUUUCCGACGCAGCCAGCAGAACAAUGCCAUGUACUCGUGUUCACGGCAGAGGAACUGUCUGAUCGACCGAACCAACAGGAACCGCUGCCAACACUGUCGCCUGCAGAAGUGCCUGGCGCUCGGCAUGAGCCGUGAUGCGGUGAAGUUUGGCCGAAUGUCAAAGAAACAGCGGGACAGCCUGUACGCAGAGGUGCAGCGACACCAGCAGCUGUCUCAGGAGUGCCUGGUGGGUUUGGGUGGUGGUCUAGCACCACUUGACCGAGAAGAGACAGGUGAAGACAGCACACACAGCCGGCCGUACAGCAAUGGAGGCUCCAGCUCCACCCUCAGCGACCUGGAUGACAUCGCCACGCUGCCCGACGGUUUGCUGUUCGACCUGCCGCUUACCCCAGAGGAGGCGAGCGAAUACUGCACACUGGAGAUGCUCGGAAGCGGCGGAGGGUCCGGGAGUUCUGGAAGCGGAAGUUGGUCCAAUCAGAGCUCUCCAGAGCCCAGUGCUGUAGAUUGGACGGAAGCAGCGAGGGUGAAGCAUGAGUAUAUCCUGCCUGAAAACAGUCUUCUUACGCACUCUCUCCUGGGAUCUCUACCAGACAACUGCUCUCUGCACGACAUAGAGCGAAUCACUCAAAAUGUUGUGAAGUCUCACCUGGAGACGUGUCAGUACAGCUCAGAAGAGCUGAAGAAACUCACCUGGAACGUGUACACACCUGAAGAAACCCGCAGCUUUCAACUCAAGUCUGCAGAGUGGAUGUGGCAGCAGUGCGCCCUGCACAUUACAAACGCCAUUCAGUACGUUGUAGAGUUCGCAAAGCGCAUCUCUGGAUUCAUGGACCUCUGCCAGAACGACCAGAUCAUUCUGCUCAAAGCAGGAUGUCUGGAGAUCCUGCUGAUCCGAAUGUGCCGUGCUUACAACUCUUCAAACAAUACUAUGUUUUUUGAUGGCAAGUUCGCCAGUCCUCAGCUCUUCAAAGCUCUCGGGUGUGCUGACCUGGUGAACGCCGUCUUUGAGUUGGCUAAAAGUCUGAGUCGACUUCAGCUGAGUGAUGAGGAAAUGGCUUUAUUCAGCGCUGCGGUUCUGCUGGCUCCAGACCGGCGGUGGUUGACAGAUUCUCAGCAGGUGCAGAAGCUCCAGGAGAAAGUUUACGUGGCUCUUCAGCACAGCCUGCACAUGAACGGAGCCACUACUGAGAAACUGGAUAAGAUGGUGUCCAAACUACCGCAGAUGAAGUCCAUCUGUAACCUGCAUAUUGACAAGCUGGAUUUCUUCCGCCUGGUUCACCCGGAAACAGCCUACAGCUUCCCGCCUCUGUACAGGGAAGUGUUCGGCAGCGAGAUCAAUUUCCCUGACUCCACCAACAGUUAGAGAGCGGGAGAUAGUGAGGGAGAGAAUGACAGCGAGUGUUAAGGGGAAAUCAGGAGCGAGUGUUAAAGCAAGAGAGACCAUUAUAUGUAAAAUCAGCAUUUCAAACGAACACAUUUAAAAACCUCCAGGGAGAAUCCUCAGUCUAUUGCAGCACUUUUAGCAUACACACACAAUACACUACAAACAUACACACUUAUACACCUGCUGCAAACACAGGGCCAGCAAACUAUAUCAGAUUCGACAACACACAAAACAUACUCGUAUAGGGAUUAUUCCUGGAGUUGUGCUCUCAGAACUGUUUUUAUUUCAUGGAAACACUCCGAAAUGAUCUUUUAUGUACAGAUGUACAGUAUGCUUGCAAAGGCCCUUUGUCCCAUCUUGUAGAUGUCUAAGCAUGCAACUGUUCCUUCUGCAUCUGUACACAGAGGUAUUUCAAGGAGUUUUAUAAGAGGUUUUAUGAUUUUAAUAGUUUUACAGGAUCAAACACUUCCACAUGAACAUUCAGGAGAGCACAACACUUUUUACUGAAGCGAAUACAACAUACGAGAUAACGUCAUCCGUCCUUCGCCGCUGAAUCACUCUUUAAGCACUACUACAGCUUUUUUCCUCCCUCUCCUGUUGUUUUUUCACCCUCGGACGAAUCAUGAAUGUAUCCUAAAAGCACUUCUUUUGAUUUGAGACCGAAUGUACACAAUGCACUUUUGGUCUUGCAUUAUGCUUUAUGAGACUUUAUGACAAUCCACUUAAAAUAAUAAUAACAAAAAAACUGAUGUGCCCAGAUUGUUUGUUAAAAAUGAAGGGACCAAUGUUAACAGUGCUAUGUUAAGGAAUGUUCCACAUUAAAUACAAGUCAAGCUAAUUUCUAAGUUUAA